AAAAAAAAGGAAAAUAAAAAAAAAAUCGUAGAGAGUUCGAUUGGCAGUUGCUGAGCCCGAGCGCGCCCUCCGGCGCCGACAAGCCGGGACCCCACCUCCGCCGGCGGCGAUGGGCAACUCGCAGGCUUCGCCGGCGUCCGCCUCCAGCUCCCGCUUCGUCAUGGCCUCGAGGGCCUUCCCGAAGCAGGAGCUGGACGGCCUCCGCGAGCUAUUCGCCUCCCUCGCAGCGCAGUCGCGGACCGGCGGCCGCGCCAUCUCACGCCCCGUCUUCCUCGAAUACUACCAGGUCCGGGGGCGAUUAGGCGACAGGCUGUUCCAGCUGGUGGCGAAGGAGAGUGGCGGGAGCGAUGGGGUCACGUUCGAGGAUUUGAUCAUCUCCAAAGUUAGUGCUCGACUCAAUUCGAUCCACUCUGUUGUUCGUUUAGUUGUCGCGAGCAAGGUCAUUGAUGUGUUGGUGCCUGGUGGAAUUUGUCCAAGCAACAUAUGGAAGGGGAACUCGUGAUGAGGUCGAUGAAUUCAUUUAUCAACUAUGUGAUGUCACAGGAGAUGGCGCCUUAACAAGGUCUGAUUUGGAAUCAGUCUUGGCGUCUGUUCAUGAAACUGUAUUUGCAAUAAAGAAGGAAGCUGUCGAAGUUUCCAACAAUAGACCAUUCGAAGAAUUCCUCAACUCUGCAGUGUUUUCAAAGGAUGUUGAAGGGGUCUCAGGGAAGUCUAUGUCAUUAUCAGACUUUAGGAACUGGUGCACUCUCUUGCCAUCAUUGAGGAAAUUCCUUGGAAAUUUGUUGAUGCCUCCUGAUUCAGGUAGACCAGGAUUUGAAGUACCACUGCUUCAUUAUCCUGAAAACAUCUGUACUGAUACGCUGCUUCUAAAUAAAGAGUAUGCCUGGCAUAUUGGAGGAGGUUUCUCCCAACAUGAGGUGCAAGAGUGGAAGCUUUUAUAUCAUAGUUCUCUUCAUGGACAAAGCUUCAACACUUUCUUGGGCAAAGUAACGAAUGGGGAUGCUCAGACUGUUCUGAUUGUUAAAGAUACAGAAGGAUCAAUUUAUGGUGGAUAUGCUUCACAGCCUUGGGAAAGGCACAGUGAUUUUUAUGGUGACAUGAAGACAUUCCUUUUCAAAUGCUAUCCUCAAGCAUCCAUUUUCCGCCCUACUGGAGCAAACAAGAAUUUGCAAUGGUGUGCUGUAAACUUCAGCUCUGAGAACAUACCAAAUGGUAUUGGAUUUGGAGGGCAGCCACAUCAUUUCGGACUCUUUUUAUCAGCAAAUUUUGACCAAGGGCACUCAUUUACGUGUAGCACAUUUACCAGCCCUCCCCUUUCCAAGACAAAUAGGUUCAGGCCAGAAGUUAUUGAAUGUUGGGGUAUACAAAUGAGAGGAGCACAAGAUGAAAAACUGGAGUUAGUCAAGGGGACAGUCCUCGAGAGAUUCAAGGAGGACCGGAACAUGCUGAAGAUGGUUGGUUUGGCAAAUGCAAGUGAUUAAGUGAUAGAGGAUCACAAUGAUGUACAUGAUGGAGAGUCUGUACAUCACAUGUUCAUAAAAAUAAUCAAAUCUGAGACCAUGUUUCUAUAUUCUACUGUUCAUAUUUUGUCACUCAAAAUAUUCAUCUGGUCCACACUUUGUAACAAUUGACCAGUCGUGAAGGACAGCCGAGCCAAUGUUGCGUUUGAUCUCAAGAAUGACGUCAUCCAAGAUAAGAUGGUCUCAUAUGAGUUCAUCCCAUUAACUUUAAUGGGAUGACUUUAUCCUUUCUGUUGUACUAAUGUGCUUGUAAGAUGAGAAAGUAUCUAGAUCUUUAGUGGUUUUGGUGAUUAAUGCCAACACAAGAUUAUUGUAACUAACAUGUGUGUUUACAAAGAUAAAUUAAUGUUAGGUCACAAUGAUGAAAA